AUAAGCAACUGUUUUCAUCUAAUUUCGUUAUUCACAUGAUAAUCUUUGACGAAUCUUAAAUAUUGGAGUUUACGCAGCGAAUUGAAUAUAAAAAUAGGCCGCUAUUCCAAUAUAUUUUAGUUGAGUUUUGCCACCGAUUGAAACCAUGAAAACAACUCCAAUUUUAUCAAUACUUUUUUGCUGUAUCGGCAUCAUUUCGUGUUUGCCGCCACCUACUCCACCACCACCACCGCCACCAAAUAAUAAUGAAUUGUUCAGAAAAGCAACCGAUUUAUUGAUAGAAACUGGGUUAGACUACGCUUUAGAAAAUCCAUUGGUGCCCAUGGAGGCGAAAAUUGCGAUUGGAACCUCUCGAGCUGUUACAGAGGGAGUGAGAAAGUUUUCUAAAACAAAAAGCUUUGUGCAUGCAGGAAAAGCUGUUGCGGCUUCAGCUUUAGACAGUACGAACAAAAUUUUAUUACCAGAAUAUUCUAUGUAUACAAGAGGCACAGCAGUGUUGGCGAAAGACGUUUAUGAUGGAAAGGAGAAAAAAACUGCAAUUAAAGAUAGAGUCAAAGAAGGUAUCUACGAUUCAAUUCCGGGUGGAUCAAUAUUGCAAUGUGGAAUAGAACAUUUCUCAGAAAAUCCUAGCGAUGAGAAAUAUAAUGAAGCGAGAAAACAGCUGCUGGAAUUGUUGAAUGAUGAUGUGAAAAGAAUAGAUUCGCUACCAGAAAGUUCCAAAUCGAAAAAUAACAGCCAAAAAAAUAAAAAGAUGAAACAGAAGAUAAAGAGAUCACAAAGAAGAAAAAAGUUUUAAACUUUGCAAAUUAUUAAAGUUUUACAAUACGAAUAUAAGGCGAAUCGGUCAUAUAUUUCAUGUAUUGUAUAAAUAGACAUUAAUAAAAAAAAAACGAUGAAAUGAAGCUCCAAAAAAUAAACUGUCAAUUUACUUGGGAGUUAUGUUCGAUGUGUCGAUCUAUUAGUUUAAAGUCAGUGUUCAGGAAUGUGGUAGAUAGCUGGUAAUGGUACAUUGAGCGAUUUUACUUUGUUAGGUUAUCUUCUGAUAUGGAAAUAAAUGAAAGUCAGGACGAAUUUGGUUGUAUUGAA